AUUCCCUUCCCGGAGCUCUUAUCGCAUGACGCGUGAACAUUGUUACGCAUCUAUUUCCUAUGAACAUAAAACUUUGUGUUGUUAAGCUAAUCUUGAUCAUCCUUAAAGCCGCCGUACUAUAAAAACCUCGUUCGGAAUCUAAGAUCUUUAGUUUCCCAAACCUCCUCCAACCAUGAAGACCAUUGUGCUGUUGAUCGGUGUCCUGGCCGUUGCCAGUGCGGAAUGGAUCGAAAUCGAUUGGUCCCAGGUGCGCCCGAUUGAGGAAUUCGACCACUACUGGGCUCGUUUGCCGUCGGAGUUGCAGUUCCUGCGCAAGGCGUUCCCGAACCGUAGAAUCACCAACGGAGCCCAGGCCACUCCCGGACAGUUCCCGUACCAGAUUGCUCUGCUCAGCACCUUCACCGGAGGUACCGGUCUGUGCGGUGGAUCCGUCCUGACCAACAACUUUGUCCUGACUGCUGCUCACUGUGUCCAGAAUGCCUUCGGCGGUACCGCCAUCAUGGGAGCCCACAACCGUAAUAUUGCUGAAGCAACCCAACAGCGCAUUGCCUUCUCGGCGGCUGGAAUCCACAUGCACCCUGGAUACACCCCAACCAACAUCCGUAACGAUAUUGCUACCGUUCGUCUGAACAGCCCAAUGACCUUCAACGACCGUGUUGUCCCGACUCGCAUUCCUGCUGCUGGAGAUAACCGCUCAUUCGCUGGAGUUACUGGUACCGUCUCUGGUUUCGGACGCACCUCGGAUGCCAGCUCGGCCACUUCUGCCGUCGUCAUGUUCACCAGCAACCCAAUCAUGACCCAGGCUGAUUGCUUGGCUCGCUGGGGAGGAAACACCAACAUCAUCCAGGACCAGAACGUCUGUUUGUCCGGAGAAGGCGGUCGCUCGUCGUGCAACGGUGACUCUGGUGGCCCACUGGCCGUCCAGGAUGGAGGCAGCCUGCAGGUCGGUAUUGUGUCGUUCGGCUCCGCUGCCGGAUGUUCGAUCGGUAUGCCAUCAGUGUACGUCCGUGUGUCGCACUUCAGAGACUGGAUUCUGGCUAACUCGGAUCUGUAAGCUUUUGCUGAUGUUUAGGGAAAUAAAUGAAUGCUAGUGUAAGUUUCUAAAUUACAUGUUUUUACAAU